AUGAAUACUACAAUUCGCGGACCUACUGAGCCCUACGAUGCAUCAAACUGCAGCGAGGCGGACGCAUUGACUUAUGGUGGGUGGCUAUCCCCAGAGGGUCUUCAAGCUCUCUCACAGGGCAUGCCCAUAGGUUCUGGAGGGGGUGGCGGUGUUGGUGGUCCUGGUCCGAUGGUGGGUCCAGGCGGUGGAGGGGGUAAUCGGUACAGUGGUGGACCACCGCGCGGAGGCGUCCCUCCUCCCCAUCCUCCACCACCACCAGCAAUGUAUCUUGGUCGUCAGCCUCAAUUGCAGCAACAGCAACAAAUGCAGCAGCGUGGUGUAGGUGGUCCACCGAUGUACCAGCAGCCACCACCACCACCGCCACCACCACCACCGUCCCAGUUUGCGCCUCGGGGUCUUCCACCCAGACAACAACAAUGGGGCUAUCCUGACGGCUAUGGUGAUGCUGUUUCUGCUGUUGGUAGCGGUGGUUACCCCGGCUAUCCUCCUCCUCCACCGCCUCAACAGCAGCAGCAGCAGCCCCAACAGCAGCAAGCGCCACCUAUGCCGGUGGCUCCACCGAUUCAGCAGUCUGCUGUGCUCGGCGCUGGUGGCGUGGGCGUUGGUGGUUAUGACAAUGCGGGUCUUUAUGCGCAACCUCCACAGGGCGCAGGCUACAAUGUACCGCCACCCCAGGUCACUGCUGGGGGCCCACCAGCGGCAGCAGCUGCAGCGAUGUACAGGAUGAAUGCACCACUAAACAACCCUGCUGCAGCGGCUGCUGCGGCGGCGGUAGCGGCAGCUGCUGCGGCAGCCACGGGGGGUGGUGGUGGUGUUGGAGUAGGUGGGGCACCCAUAUAUGGUGGCCUUGCACCUCCCACUGUUCCAGGCGGUGGUGGUCCACCUCAGCCCCCAGCACCAGUGCCACAGCCCUCUCCUUAUGGCUACGCAAUGGGUCCGGCAGGUGCCGCGGCAGCGGCGGGACUACCAGCACCAAAUGUGCCACCGCCUACUGCCGCCACUGCUGCUGGAUAUCCACCUGGUGCAGCUUGGUAG